GGGCGCGGGCGGCGCCAGUCGCCCCGCGGCGCCUCCCGCGGCCGGUCGCCCGCUCCUCGCCCCCCUCGGCGCUGCCAUGGCGGCGCCGCCCGGCCCCGCCGCCCUCCUCCUCCGCCUCCUCGGGGCUCUGCUCGCCGCCUCCCGCUUCCCAGGGCCGGCGGCGGCGAUGCAGGUGACGGUGCUCAACCCCUACAACGUGGUGCUGCUCUUCCAGCCCGUCACCCUGCAGUGCAGCUACCAGACCACGGCCACGCAGGCGCCCAUCGUCACCUGGAAGUACAAGUCGUACUGCCGCAGCCGCCUGGCCGACGCCCUCAACCCCAGCGGGGCCGAGAGCCAGCUCAGCAGCCAGCUGCAGCAGGCCAACCCCGGCUACGACCCCUACGUCGAGUGCCAGGACUCGGCGCGCACCGUCCGCGUCGUGGCCACCAAGCAAGGCAGCGCCGUCACCCUCGGCGACUUCUACCAGGGCCGCCGCAUCACCAUCACCAACGCGGCGGACCUGCAGCUGGAGCAGACGGCCUGGGGCGACAGCGGCGUCUACUACUGCACCGUCACCUCGGCCCAGGACCUGCAGGGCAACAACGAGGCCUACGCCGAGCUGCUCGUGCUGGGCUCCUCCUCGCCGGGGGCCACCAAGCUGCUGCCGGGCCUCGAGCUGGGGCGGCUGCGAGAUUGGCUGUUCGUGGUGCUGGUGGUGGCGGGCGCCGGGGCCCUGGGCCUGGCGCUGGGGCUCUGCUGGUGCCAGUGCUGCCCCCACCGCUGCUGCUGCCUCCUGCGCUGCCCCUGCUGCCCCCAGCGCUGCUGCUGCCCCGAGGCCCUGUACCUGGCGGGGAAGGCGGCGGCGGCGGGGCUGCCGCUGGCCUACGGCCCCCCCCCGGCCCCCAUCGCCCUGGCGCCGCUCGACGACCGCUCCGCCGGGGGUUACAGCUCGUGGGUGCCGCUGCUGCGUGACGCCGACCGCGACAGCGCCGCCAGCUCCGGGCUGCGCAGCGGGUACCGGGUGCGGGCGGCGGCGGGCGACGACUCGCUGCGGGUGCUGCGCUACGUGGAGCAGGAGCUGGCCGAGCUCGAGGGCCGCGGCGGCAGCGGCGGCAGCGGGCGCCUGCAGCCCGGGCCUGUAUAUCUGUCGCUUGUCUCCUAUGGAAUCGUUAUCUGCCUGUGUCUCUUCCUAUGGAUUCUAUACCCUGCCGGUGGGCGCGCAGCGAGGUGAGCUCCCUGCACGAGGCGCCGGACGCCUGGGCCCCGCGGGGCGGGGGGGGGCCGCGGCCCCGCUCGCGCUCGGCCGACGAGCUGGGGCCCCGGCGUCCCCCCGCCCCCCCGGCGCCCCCGCAGCCCCGGCCCCGGCCCGGGGGG